AUGUCAACAAGUACAAGCCCAAACCCAACGCGCAACCCGGAUCCAGCUCCCACCACUCCACGCCAUAGCAACGACUUUGUUAGGAUCAGGGCAAUAGAAGCGCACAGACGGCUUCUGAGUAUACCAGUACCUCAAGGUAGACCUCUUGCGGCUGGCUCACACACGGGAAAGCCGACAGUGCACCAAAUGCAGAACAAGCGAUCCGACAAUUUACUAGGGCGUAUUGUGCAAACAAUUCCGCCUUCACUCUCUCCUUCUCCGGCACAGCCGUCACUGAUUUCACUGGCGGGCAUUGCCGCACCACCGAUAUCACCAUUCAACUUCGGUUCGCCCCCGUCUAGUAAUAAUCCAGGCAAAGCGUUUACACCUGUAUUGCCUAAGAGCCACAAAGAUGAACAUACAUCUUACUCUCGACUUGCUGGAAGACAACCUCCCAACACCCUAGUCGAUCAACAGAAGCCCACUCGCACAACAAAUACCUCUUCCACCUUGAUGCCAUUGUUCAAGAUUGAGACAUUCGAGGACCUCCUCGCGUGGGUGAGAACAUUCUUAGAUAUAGACUCGGCCCACAUGAAAUCAUUUCAUACCGAAUUGAAGGAGAUGUACGACAUAAUCAGUGCAUUUGAAAGCCUUACAGAUCUUCAAGCUAAGGCCAGAUAUGAAUGCGAAGCUUUCAUGAGGACCAAGGACGACGAGAUCAAGGCUUUAGAAAAGGAUAUCGCUAGGACGAGCUUCAGCUAUAGCAAGAAGUCCAAGGUCAUCCAACUAGAAAACUUACAGUCAGAGCUGUCUAGCCUGAAGCGUGUGACGCAAGAACAAGACGCAAAGUCCGAUGGCAUUCGCGAUCGAUUUACGAAAGCUCUUUUAGCACCGUUGAAGACUUUUUCCAGGCUGAAUGAAAUGAAUUGGCAAACCGCGCUGAACCAGAAGCAAAAUAUCAUAGCUGUUCUGCAGGCCGAAGUCGGUGGACUGAACGGACAGGCUUCGUGGUUGGUGACUCAGAAUGAGAAAGGCCGCGAGGAUCUCAAAACAGAGGCUCUUACCAGAAAGCGAAUGUGUGGCAGCGAAUGCCAGUCCAAGCUAGAGAAGUUCCAGAAAGAUCUCAGAGCAAGUCGCGAGAUGGAAGCAGUACUCACAGAGAGGUUAUCAACGGCAAUCACAGAACGCGACAGCGCGUUUGCUGUGCAUCAGCACAAAUUGGCCGAAGAGGCUGCUCAGAAGACGAGAUUGGAGAACGAGCUUGCUGCAAAGGCAAGCGAGCUGUCCCUGCAAGAAAACACCUUCCAGACCAAGUACCGCGAAAAGAUGAACGAGAAGCUUGCUUCCUUGAAACAAGAACAGGAACGCGCUGUGCAGAUUCAGAAGCAAAAGUACGAAGCGCAGAUCGACAUUGCUCAUUCAAGAGCACCUUUGUACGCGGAAGCGGAAUCCAAACUCUCGGUUCUCGAGCGACAGAUCAAGCAGCUGGUCAAGGAGAAGGUAGACCUCAACAUGGCCAAAGCAACACUUGAAAAACAACUCCACGACAUCAAAGCUCGUGGUAAGCAAUUGCAGAGCUUCGAGGAUGCAUAUGAGCAGGUCAAGCGAGAGUUCGACGAGCUUCAGAGCACGUACAAUGAUGUUGAGGUUGAGCGAGAUGAGUUGAAGCAACAACUGAGCGCACUCAAGAACGAACUGAAGAUCUCGACUGAUGCUAGACUCGACGCCCCUGAUUCUCGCCGCACGAAUGGAAAUGCGCAACGACCGGAGGAUGAACAUACUCGCUCUGUUGCAGUGCAUUGGGAGAAUCAGCUCAAGUCCAAGAUGAGGGCUGUAGACAAGAAGACAGCGGAUCUUGCAUCGUGCGAUGAGGAAAUUGUAAAAUUACAACUCUCUAAGUGCGCUGAGGCUUCUUCCUCGAAGGCGCUACUGCCGCCGUCGUCGCCGUCGCCGCCGCGUCCUGUAAGCAGCGGUCAGCUGCUGGAUGUCGGUGUCAUAGAAACAGAAGCCCAGGGAGCUGAUACACAUGCAAACUUGAAAGACUAUAGAUCGUUCACAACUCAACAAACUAAUUAUAUACCUAUACUUCCUGAUGCUACUGCAGAUCCGAAGUCUAGCGACCAGCUCAUCCGAACAGGUGUUUCAAGCGCUUUGGCACCCACGUCCAGUAAGAAGGAGCCAGGCGUAUGUCUUGGGAAGCCGGAGAUUGGGGAAGCAGCGUGUUUGGAGGUACUGACUCGGAAGAUUGUGAAUGCUAAGGCGCGGAAGCUCUAG